AAGAGAUGUUAAGCUGGCUGCUUCCACCCAUGGCUCUGCACACACAUACGGGCGGGUUGUGCCGGAGAGAGCGGGAGGCUGGGCUCCGAGGUGGCGGAGGCGGUGGAGGAGGAGAAAGCGGUGGCGGAAUCGAUGUUUCCUCAGCCUGCUUGCCUACUUCGGUGACCGAGCCGCUCCUGCUGCUGGGUUGCUGUCUGCGGUCGGAGGAUCCGUCCGAGCGAGGGCGGCUGCUGACGCCGCCGGUGGAGAUGAUGGCGGAGGGCGGCGGCGGCGGCGGCGGCGGAGGGCAGCGGCUCAAGGCACUGUCCCUUCUAGAGGCAGCCCGCUGCCGCUAUGAAAGCCUGCAGAUUUCCGACGAUGUCUUCGGGGAAUCGGGCCAGGACAGCAGCGGCAACCCAUUUUAUAGCACCACCGCCGAGUCCCGCUCUGCCUCCGAGGAGGAGGACGACGACGAGGAGGAGGGCGAAACCCCCGAGGGAGGACGCAGCCAUCGGGGCAGGACUGGGGGACGCCAAGGCUCCAAGGCGUCGGCAGCCGAAGAGCAGGAGGGAGAGCAGCAGCAGCAGCAAGUGCAGGGUGGCUUGGAAGCGAGUUUCCUGGGUCCCGCGGAGCAACAGCAACGGGAGGAGGAGGAGGAAAGCGAGAGGGGUUGGAGCCAGAGCCUGCGGAACACCCCGACGCCUUCCUUCAAGGAUAGCAGCGGUCCAACUCGCAAAAUGCCACCCACUUCCAGUGCCAUGGACUUCUUCCAACUCUUUGUUCCUGAUAAUGUGCUAAAGAACAUGGUGAUUCAAACCAACAUGUAUGCCAAGAAAUACCAGGAACGGUUUGGCAGCGAUGAGGCUUGGAUGGAUGUCACGCUGAUAGAAAUCAAGGCCUUCCUUGCCUAUAUGAUAUCUACAAGCACUCACCAUUGUGAGUCGGUCCUCGGCAUCUGGAGUAGUGGUUUCUAUAGCAACAAGAGCAUCGCAUUAAUCAUGACUCAGGCAAGAUUUGAGAAGAUUCUUAAGUACUUCCAUAUUGUGGCCUUUCGUUCGAGUCAGACUACACAUGGCCUCUAUAAAAUCCAGCCGUUUCUGGACUCUCUGCAACAUAGCUUUGACUCUGCUUUCAAGCCUUCCCAGACACAGGUACUCCAUGAGCCUCUGAUUGAUGAAGAUCCAGUUUUCAUUGCCACCUGCACAGAGCGAGAAUUACGCAAAAGAAAAAAACGGAAAUUCAGUCUCUGGGUACGGCAGUGCUCAUCAACCGGUUUUAUAUGCCAGAUCUAUGCCCAUCUGAAAGAAAGCAGUGGAACUGAAGGUCUGGAUGCUUUGAAGAACAAAGCUCAGCUUCACAGCAUAGUGGCCAAGAGUCUUUGUCAGAAUGUCACAGGGAAAAACUGUAUCAUCUUCACUGGCCCCAGCAUUACCAGCCUGAACCUCUUUGAAGAAUUUGAAAAACAAGACAUUUAUUGCUGUGGAUUGCUAAGUAUAAGGAAAAGUGACUGUACAGGGCUGCCUUCCUCCAUGCUAAACAACCCAGAGACCCCACAGCCUCGAGGACAUUACAGAAUAAAAAUGAAGGGAAAUAUGUCUUUGAUCUGCUGGUACAACAAAGGCUACUUUAGAUUUUUGACCAAUGCUUAUUCUCCAAAUCAACAAGGAGUUAUCAUUAAGAGGAAGAGUGGAGAGAUCCCAUGCCCUCUGGCAGUGGAAGCCUUUGCUGCUCAUCUUAGUUAUAUUUGCAAAUAUGAUGACAAAUAUAGCAAGUAUUUCAUUUCUCAUAAACCAAACAAGACCUGGCAACAAGUCUUCUGGUUUUCCAUCAGCAUUGCCAUAAACAAUGCUUACAUCCUGUACAAAAUGUCUGACGCCUAUCCUGUGAAAAAGUACAGCCGAGUACAGUUUGGUGAGAGACUCGUAAAGGAGCUGCUUGGAUUGGAGGAUCCUUCACCAGGCCAUUGAUGGAUCCUUCUUCACAGCAUAGGCUAGGAGUGGGGGAGAUGGAGGAAAGAAAAAGGAACAAACUCUGGGAUGCCAAGAUGGGUAACUUACUAUUCCAUGUGACAAAAUCACUAGGGAAGCCUUUAAGUAUGUUGGUGCCUUCUCAAUGGCCUUGGUUCAAAGGGCCCUCAAGAGAGCACCAUAUAGAAGCUGCACGUGUGAGAGUGCAACAUAGGCACCGGUGUAUCAGAAAUGAAUUUAUGUUAGCUAUUGCUGAAUCUGAUUUUUCAAACAGGGUGUUAGUUGUCACACAAAUCCUUUUCCCUAUCCCUUUUCAAGCUAGAAAGGCUCAGCAGUUCCAGCUGGGCAUGUUAUUGGGUGUUUUUUUUUAAAUCAGUGCACAAUGUGUAAAGUUAUGCACUGCUUUGUGGCUGAAAAGAGGUUGCUAGAAGAGAAAUAUAUAUGUAUAUAUAUAUUAAAAAAUGUAAAAAUCUAUUUUGCAAGCCAGUGAUUAGGCAACAGCAGAUGAAGACAGUAGACUGAAGAUUUUAUUUUGUUGCAAUGCUUUUAGAUUGUAAAAGGGGUAUAAUUUUGACAGAAAAUGCUUUUUUUAAUAUAAAGGAACAGUGAGAAACUGAAAAGUUUACCAAACUAAGUUCAUUGUGCUAACUGAAGUCAGUUGCACUCCAAGAUUAAUUUCAGUUAUGCCAUAACAAAAGCAUAAGAGAUUUAAUUGCAAUCAUCCUGUAUUAUUCUUCAGGCAUUGAAUUUUUCUACACAAUGUGAGAAAAGAUAUAAAAGGUUCUCUGAGGAACUAGUUUCUCCUUAACUGUAGCUGGAUCUGUGCUCGCCCCCCCCCCGCCUGCACCCCCAUAGUGCUGCAUAAACAUGCAUGCCAAAUCCAGAAAUAGUUAAAGGUAAUAUUGGUAACUCUAAAACCAAAUGACACAAACAAUUUGUUGAGGGUUGAUGAGUCAUUUGUGAAAUUGCUGAGUGAGGCACAAUAUAUUUCCAAGUGUGUUAUCUUCAUUUGUCCUUUAAAAAACUCUUACCCAAAGCAAUUUAACAUUUCUAGAUGCUGAAAAAUACCUAAGUACCCUUUUAUUUGAGGACAGACCGAAACCAGGAGUCUUCAACGACUUAGCAACUUUACGACUUGUGGACUUCAACUCCCAGAAUUCCUCAUAUAUUCCUCCUGAGGAAUUCUGGAAGUUGAAGUCCACAAGUUCGUAAAGUUGUCAAGGUUGGAAACCCCCAAUCUUAAACUAUACGUCUCACUACUGCUGAAUGAAUACUGUUCAUGAAGUGACUUCUAAAAGGUUAUGACAAUGUUUUCUUAUUUUGUUCAGUUAACGUCAGUCUCAUCAGCUAGCUUUUUCUCAAGGUGUUUACUUCAUUAUGAUUCCAUUGUUUUGGCCAUGUUGCUGCCUUGUUGUUUAUGACGAACUAAACACUUUUCUGGGGGGGGGGAUCAUUGCAAUAGUAGACAAUCAGAAACAUUUGCAUGUUAAACUUUGUGAUGAACCAGUCCCAAAGCAUUUGAAAAAAAUUGUCAUGCCGCCACUUCAGCACAAAAAGUGCUGAGAAUCACAUAGCUACCAGCGGCAUGUGGCCAUGAAAAAAAUUUGCACAGAAUGAAGUGACAGACUUUGUAGCAUUGCUUUGUGUGAUACAAUUCAAAUAUUCAGAGAUGACAUUCCCUUGGAAAGUAAGUUAUCACACAUGUGAAGAUAUGUUUAAGUAUCAUGGUCAUAAUUGUUUAAUGCCGUGUUUCCCAGAAAAUAAGACCCAGACUUAUUUUCUUUUGGGCUCCAAAAUAAGCACUAGGUUUCAUUUCCCCCCCAUGUAUGGGAAGCCCACUUCUUCUGCUUGCUCAUGGUGGGGCAGGAGGCUGCACAGUGCGCUAGUGCUGCCGCUGUGAGGUGGGGGGGUGAAGCUGCCCCAUGUCCCCUCGUAGGCUUACCUCAGGGCCCCUGCAACCAGGCCAUCCACACCCCAACACCUUGCAGCCUAGCAAGCCUAGUGGCAGCCUAGCAGCCCCAUCCAAGAGGACCACCAGUCCUCUUCUUCUGCUUGCUCACAGCCAUAACGGAGCAGGAUUCCAAGUGACAUGCCAUGGCCACAAGGCAGUUAUUGGGAUAUGGAUAGGCUGGCUGGAGGGGUCUUGAAGUAAGCUGGUGCAGGGUGUGUGGGGCAGCUCCACACACACACACGCACACACACCACCUCACCUCAUGUCGACAGCACAGCGAGCAAUCAGACAGAAUGGGCGGCCAGCCAGCUGGCUGUGGGGCUCAUUUGGGGGGGCUGUGUAGGCACUUAAUUAGGGCUUAUAUUAGACCCAUGCGUAAAACAUGCUACAUCUUAUUUUCAGGAUAGAUCAUAUUUUCAGGGAAACAAGGUAGUUAAAAGCCCGACAUAACUGGAAGGAAAGAUUUGGGAAGGCCACCACAGAGAUGAUAUCAAUGUAAACAUCUUUAUGUCCUCUGUGGGUCUUGGUGGGCUCAGGGUCCAUAAAACCAACGUCAGGUGCUCCCAAUGACAGGGGCUGGUGAGUAUGUGAGCUGGUGCAAUUUGAAUCAAUUGCAUUUUCUCAGCAUUUUUAAGGGCAGUACCUAAUAGAGUACUGUAGCCUAGCCAUGUGGUGACAGGGCAUGAGUUACUGUAGCUAGCUCUUCCUGCCGCAAGCCAAAUUGCAAAUGAUAUACCAGCUGAAGCUGGGCACAGGCAUCCACACACAGCUUCCACCUUCUAUUCUAGCAGAAGCUGUGAGUCCAGAAGGAUCCCAUGUCCAAACCUGCUUCUUGAUAGGCAUUGCCUGUCCACCAGGAAAAACUCUUAAUGAUGACAGGCAACCCUGAUGUAUCCACAACCGUUCAGACUUAGCGAUUUGGCAAUCAGAAUUUACAGUCCUCCAAUAAAAAAGCCAUCCUAUUUCCUGUAGACUUUGUGUUCUACUGCGUUGGUGUUGGAGGUUAAGGAAAGGUAAGGCAUUGGUUUGCACGCACGCUGCUUCUUUAAUAAUGAAGAAUCAGAAAUUUGCACAUCACCUUCUGAUUUCUCCACUGUCAUCUCCUGCACUAUUGAAUUGCUAGUCAUGAUGCUUAUGAAAAAGAAGUGACAUAAUAUUUUAAAGCAAAAAUUAAUCAAGAAUAAAGAACUUCAACGAGGAGCCUACAAAACUGAAUAUUAGAAAGAAAAGCUUGUUUUUGUGACCCACCUGUACUUGUAUACAAUCCAGCUUAAAAUUCAAGCCAAUUCUAUCAAAACUCUGAGAUAGAGUAGUCUUUCACAGUUCUGUGACCCUUCAUUUUUGCAUCAGAAGUUGUAGUCCAUGAAAAAAGACUUAGGCAGCUGAGAUUGUAUAAUCAGAUGUGAAGCUUACAGCAAAUUUACCAUUUGGAAUUUUGUCAUGCUACCUCUUGCAUCCAGUUUGCAAAAAAAUAGGGCUAGAGAACUCAAUGAAUCUUUAUUUGCAUCAGAGGUGAUAUUUGGUGGGUGCACUUUAAAAACAAAAAAGGAAAAUAUAGUAGCCUCUGAAGGCUCAGGAGACAAGAUAAGGAGCCAGAAAGGCAGACUUUACUAGGAAGGCAGAAUUUAAGGGCCUUUUGGGUUUUUGGCAAUUUUCUUAUAUUUUUAAUGAAGUACUAUUGUAAUACUAACAUACUGAUUUUAGUUUAUGUCAUCCACUACUACCACUGUGCUGCUUUAUUGCCAAAUUUAAACAGGAGUUUCAAGGCUGCAAACAUAGGGAAGAGCUUUGAAUCUAAUGUAGUAUGCAAUCCAUCUCUCCACCUACCCAUUCCUGACCUACUUGUUCCUUAAUAAAAAUGAACUAUGAGUUUUAGGUCAGCUUCCAAUUAUGUUCUCCAUCUAUGAUAGAUUUCAGUUCCUACAUCUCUUAUCUAGCAUGACUAUUAGCCCCCAAAUUGAGGGAGUUUGCCCUAGUUACUGAGGCAUUGAAUAUAUCUUGGUUCCUAAGAUUGCCCUCUUUUGAUAGCCAUUAGCCAAUGGCAACUGCCAAUAAGAAAGGUAGUAUUCAACAGUUAAUUAGAAAAUGUCCAUUGAGAUAUAGUCACAUCUUAAUUAAUUAGUUACACUUAAAUUAGUUAUUUACUGUUUAUGUCCAGCUUUGAAGUCUUUUUUUAAAAAAAGAACAUUUUAUUAUUUUAAACAUCUGUCCCCACUUAAGCCAGGUUUAGACUGUUGUGUCACUGCAUGUCAGGGAAAAUAUGCACCUGUCUCUCAUUCAAAGAGAGACAAUGUUACAUGUCUAUAAAUUCUGGCUAGGGGAGACUCAAACCUCAAAGCACAGAAAGCAUAGAUGGAUAAACCAAUAAACAUGCAGGAUGAACAUCUCCGUACAAUAUUUAGUGGAGAUUUGGGAAGUGUAUGUGUUGGCCCAUCUGCAAACAUCUGCAACCUACACUUACUCAUCAAUCCCUUCACAGCAUAAAUAUGUGUUGACAUCUACACACAAUUGUGGACAAGUCUAAAUCAAGCUUUACACUUAACCAUGGCACAAACACACUCUGUCAACCUUUUUAAUUCUGCCAUGCUGUCAUCUCACCUACAGACUACCUACUGAGUGUUAUCCCCCCGCUUUUUUUGAACUGUCUAAAAAUAGCCAUCAGGUAUGUAAAAUCUGUUACGCUUUGUUACCCAUUUCUUUGGAAGGAUGUUAGGGGACUCCAGUGACUGGAAAUAGAGGCAGGAUAGGAGUCAGCCAUACACCCUAGUAGAGUUUUCUGCCAAUUCAAGUAUGGUGGAUAGAACUAAUUCUGCGGUGUAAGGGGGAGCACCACAAUUUUGCUUCCAAAUAGUUAGCAUUUGCAAAGUAGUAUGAUGCCUUUUUAUUCAAACUUUCACUUGUUGCAUAAUGCCUGUUUAUCCAAAGCUUAGUUUGUGGGUUUUUCCCCCAAAGAAGGGAUUUCAGCCACAUUGGUUGACCAUGAAAAUCUUCCUACUCACCUCAAAUAUACUUUAAUUAAGUACAAGGACCUUAGCAAGGAACUCCAUUCCAUUUAACACAAAAUGCUUCUUACAGAAUUAGCCAGUCUUAGUGACUUAUUGUGGUGAAAAAUUCUUACCAUACAUAAAGCUGAUUUGCUUGAAUUCACACAGGUUAGCUUUCCUCAACUUUAACAUAGUUGAAGGAUAUGGACAAGUAUUCUUGAGAAAGGUUGACCUUUUACCAAUUUCCUUAAAACAUUUUUUGUUGGGACUAGCAAUAUUCAGCAGGAGGGCUUGUCUCCCAUGUCCGGUUGGGUAUAUAAGAUAAUACUGGUAAUAUUUCAUUCUUUAAAAUGUGAACUUGUAUUGUAGUCUUCCUUGUACUUUUCUUGAAAUUUAGAAUUUCUAUACAAGGGUCUCUAAGCAUUCAAUUUCCUCCCAAUCUCUCACUGAUUCUUAAUAGCAAUGUUCCUCUUACAGAUUUGUAGACUGCCCUUGAGUUCUCCUGUCAGGGCUUAAAUUAGGAUAUAGCACCCUGAUGCUAACAGAAGACUAUAAAAGUAUUCAAGUUAAGGAUGUAGUCAUAUAUUCAACAUCGAACUUGGGGUAUUGAGUUAUGUGUUCAUCUUUGUAAAGACUAUCCAGAUCAAGACAUGUAUAGUGGUGGAAAUCACUGUGACAGAAAGCAUUUAAAAGAUGCUUUUUCAAAAGGCAAUUUGGACUUUGUUUUUUUCCUUGAGGAAAAUGUUUCACUUCUCAUCCAAGCUUCUUCGGUUGUGACUGAAUGGUCGUGUUGGGGAGGGAAGGGUUUAUAUUCCUUUGUCACCAAUACACCGCCAUUCAGUCAGCUCUGAAGAAGCUUCUUGGAUAAGAAGCGAAACAUCUUCCUCAAGGAAGAAACAAAGACCAGUUGCCUUUUGAAAAAGCACUUUUGAGACAAUCAUGAUCUGGAUGACUGAGAAUCUUGACAGAUAUAUAACAUUGAGCCUUCCCCAAGAGCUAUCCAAGGGGCACAUAAACCCAGUCAAGUCAUCAGACAUAGCACAUACAUUGUGCCUUUAUAGCACACUAAACAUUUAUUGUCACUCAGGUGAGAUCCUGGUACAUAACCAAUAUUUCACUCAGUGACACUAAACAUCAGUUUCUGCAAAAAUUGUGUAAAUUAUUAUACCAUGGUUUAAUAAGUAGAACAGAGAUAUUAAACCAGGUCACGUAACAUUUUUUUAAAAGUGUGAAAAUGCUGCUCUUUAAACUCUUCUUACAAGCCUGGAUUUUGGUAUCGUUCUGCACCCACUCGAUUGGCAUCCCAAUUCUUCUCAAGUGUUGAGGUACAGAGCUCAGGCAGCAUAUUAAUUAAUUGGAUGAAGUGAAAAUAGCUCUUUUCUGGGUGGUAAUGUGAAAUUUAGGAAGCUGAAUAGGUGUGGAUGUUCCGAAUAUCCGACUUGUUUCAGGACAUGACAAGAUCUGAGGAGAUUUUUUUAAAAUAAUUCUCUUCCCUUGAAAAAAUUCAUGCCACAAAAUUAUAGUGUAGGACAAAUGCAGAGUAGAAAAUAACAUUCCUAAACAGCAGAUGGAAGGACACUUGCCUUUAUGAUCAUGGAUCAGUACAUUUUGCAAUCAGUUUGGUAAGCAGAAAGACCAAUGGAAAGUGCCAUUUUCCCAUUCUUCUAGGAGCUCUUAACUCCUAUCAUUCAUUCUCAAAAUAAUUUUGUAAUGGCAUUUGCAAAUUAAUCUGCAUCAACAUGUGCAAUUAACAAAGUUCCUGCAUUCCACCACAAAGUGGAGAUGGGGAAGAGGAAAAUAGUUGUUGCAAUUUAGCUUAUCAUUUCAUAUUUUUGGCCUUUUUUUGUUUUAAUCUGACAUAACAACAAAAAGAAGUUCAACUCAGAAAAAAGAACAUUUAGAGGAGAUCAAAAUAAUCAGCCUAGGUAAAUUAAUCUAUCUAAAGCAUUACUAUUAAAAUGUGUUUAGUUGGUUAGGGAAAGCGAAGGAUACUAUGAACUAGAAGCCUGCAGAAGCCCAAAACAAUUGAUAUAGAGUUGACAGCUUUGUAAAAAGUAGUAUGAAUAUCUAUCUUAUACUGGUUUAGGAAAUGCUGUACUUUUCUGAUUAUAGAGACCUCAUUCUUUUCCUCUUCAAAAAUAAAAGCAAUCAAUAUAGGAGGUCCUUGAUAAACAAAGCCUGAAAUGAUCCAGGUCUGUUCCAUCUAUGCAUACUACAAUGUUACGGCUGCUGCACUAUUGGUCAACACACAACAGUAAGAGCUCAGGGGCUGAUUUCAGUAAAAAAGGCCAAACCAUAAUAUAGGAAAUAAAUGGGAUAUUUGGAAGGGAAGCCCUAUGAGCUAUAAUUUUUUUUCCUUUCCACUUUUGCAACAUAUGUGUCAUUAAAUGAAGUAAUACCCAGUACACUAUUGUAGUGCUGUUAUUGUGAAAAGUAUGUUCAGCAAUUUGUGUGUGAUCAAUUCUGCUCACAAUACAUCCAUCAGUGGCUGAAGUUCAGUCAUAAGCUUCCUUCCCAAAGUGUGUUGAACAAGAGGUUUUUGUUAAACCAUGCCAAUGACGGAUUAAACGUGCAGUGCUGUUUUAUUAUUUGAGUUGAAACAAAAUAUUGAUUUUAUACAUAUGCAUCUAUUCAAGAAAUGCUUGUGUGGAAGCCCCUACACAUGAGCAAAGUUCCCAUCUGUAUUUCUGGUCCUUGGGUCAACUGAGGACCUAAAUUUUUGUGACUGUUUUUUGUUCUACACAAAAGCACGCUUGCAAUAAAUUUUUAGAGGUUUUCUAUGCCAUGAGUUAAAUUCUAAAAUGUGAAAUGUGGUAACAACACAACUGGAUGGAUUUAUAAUAUCACUCUGAUGUCACGUGAUUUUUCCUUCCUUCCACAAAGUUUGUCUUACAGUCAACAACUUUGAAAUACAGUCAAAUAUAGAUUAUAAAUUAG